AAAUAUGAUGAAAAAGAAGAAAAAUCCCAACGAUUUAAUGUACCUCAACUUAAAUUAUUUGGGACAAAUGACCAAUCUCACAGAUUUGAGAUUAAAGGGCUUAACUGGAAUAAAAUUGACGGCAUUGUCAUCAUUUGAAAAUUUAAUACAUCUGAAGAGAUUGUCAUUAACCUCUUUCAAAGUAUUUCCAAAAGAGAUCUAUAAGAGAUUGAAUACUAUUACUGAUAAUAUUGAGUUUUUUGAAAUUGGUGAUUGCGAAAGCUUAACAAAGGAUUUUGCUGUGCCACUAAAAAGAUUUGUCAAUUUGAAAACAUUGAGAUUAGAAAAUUGCUGUAAUGAAUGGGAUCAAUCUGCACAGGAUGUUUUUACUGUCAUUAGAGGUCUUGAAAAGCUCAAUGUUCUGGAAUUGGUAAACAUAGAAUUCAGUUAUUGUGUCGAAGAAGAAUUGGAAAAAUGUGAUGGUAUUAAAGCUUUACUGAUUAUUCCUGCUUACAUGAGCCAAUCCGCAACUACUAACCGUCACCUGAUAGAAUGUCUCAAGAAACUCUCCAAGACUUUAACUCACUUGAUUUGGGGACUAACUCAUGAGUUACUCCGUGUUACUGACAUAUUUAUAACUCAACAUCUUGAGAACCAGCAUGCUAUUGGUUAUGAUUUAGAAUUAUCCCAUAUCAACAAAACAACCGACAAUAUACCUAUACUCAGAAAAAGAAGGCACCGUCCGCAACCAUACGACCAGACUACUCCUGAAAAAGAAAAUACCGGGUCAAAUAAUGUUGAUAUACUUUCAGUUCCUGAUUUAGAGAAAAUGUUAGAAACUAUGAUGCCUAAUGCUAAGACCAAGAUAGUUAAAGUUCCCUUUUCUGGAACAACUAGAGUUUAUUUGAGUGAACAUUUAAAUAAUCUCUAAAAUAAUUGUAUAGUAUUCAUUAAUUGUUUCUUUACAUGAGAAACAUUUUGUGAUAUAAUUUUAUUUUUUGUGUCCAGGAAAUUUUUUUUUAUUUCAAGGUGGAGAUUUUAA